UUGACUUUGGCGUCAAUUCAACAGUUUGUGUUUUGAUAGUUGUUGAACAGUGAAAAACCGUUGACUAAUGAACAAUAAUAUGCCAUAGGAUAUAAACUGGUGUGAAAAUACUUCAAAGAUUGUUUUAAAUAAGGAUUUCAAGAAGAGAACGUAAGACAGAUUUGUGAUAAAAUGCCUAAAGUAUCUCGAACAGCGUGCAGCAGCACCACAAUAAACACAACAAACAUGGAUUUUCUCAGUGAAGAAAACACAUAUUUGAGAACUAAAAACCGCGAGCUUGCAAAAGCUUUGGGUGACAUGAAAUCAGAGUUUAAUAAUCUACGGAUGAAAAACUCUUCUUUGUAUGAUCAGAGUGUGUCUCAGCUAUUGACUAACCGUAAUCUAAUGCAUGCCCUCAAGAACAUCAAUGGAGAUGCUAUUGAAGCAUUGACAAUGAUAGGAAGAUUGAGUGAAGUUAUUAUUAAGAUUAUGAAUGACACAAAAGUGGUUACUGAAUCUUCAGUAAUUGAAACAGAGAAUCCAAACCAUAAGCAGAAUUCAUCUCGACGUAUGGUUAGUGAUCAUUUUCUAAUGAACCCCACAGUUACACUGAGAAGAUGUAACAUUGAUAAUUUGAAUGAGGACUUGCAAAGGAGGGGCAGAGACGAAGAAAUCAACAGUAGCUUAGUGAAUAUAACACCCAUGGACCAAUUAGUAGAAGAACCAGAAAACAGUAAUUCUCCCCAAAACGACGAUUUAGAAAAUAAUGACCCCAACCAAAAUGAUUGUAGUGAACACCCCAACUUAACAACAGUGCAGGAAAUUGAUGAGGAUAAUCUUAGUCAAACUAUUGUGCAUCCAUCAAGUACUAAUAUCUCUCAACAUUUGUCGCCUCUCCACGAAAAUAUGACGAGCAGAAAACGUAACAGUUCACCACUCAUCACACGUAGGAAUAAGAAGCUGAAUAUGAACAAAUCACCAUUCAGCAUGUCUAGUUUAAAUUCAAGUCUGAGCAAUAACUUUGGAAGCUCUGAAGUGAGUCUCUCAGUGACGAAUAGUGAUACAUCAAUUACAGCAUCAACGACUCCAGCUAGAAGGAAAAAUGUUGCAAGCAAACAACUGGAAGAAACCUUUAACCCAUCCCUUCAAUCAACAUCUACACCGUACAAAUUUGAAUCCAAUAAAAUGACUGAUUUAUCGAAAAGGAAUACAAAUAGCAACAUAGACAAUUGUAAAGUGAUGUUGACUCGAUUACCGUUACCUCUUAUUUCUGCCAUUUCGAAUGGAAAUACUUAUAGCAAAAGCGACGACGAUUCCGAUGAAUCCACGCUAAUUGAGAGCAAUACGCAUUUAAGCAAAACUAAUUUAAAAAGCUCUGCUGGUAAGAGGAAAGUUCUGAAAACAACGAAAAGCAAAUCGGAAAGAGCAUCCAGUUCCAUAAAUUCGACGAAAGAUUCACAAGCCGAUGAAAUAUCAAUCAAUACGCGACCAAAGAGGAAUGCCGCUCCAAAAAGUAUGAAAGAACCUUCAUUAAACUCCCGAAUGAGAAGACCAUAGAACUGUUUAUAUUAAGUUUCAUUUAAUUUAUCGAAGAAGUUAUGAAAUUAACAAUAUUUUUUU